CUCUACACUUCACUUCCCACAAUUCUGCACAUUCUUUGCUUCUGCUGUGAAGUUCUCUUUUUUUCUUUCUUUUUUCCUGCCAAAAAAAAUAAAUAAAUAUUUGUUUCGAAAUUUUGGAAGAAAAAAUCAAAAAAAAGGAAGAAAGGAGGGAAAAUAUGGGAAUUUCCUUCAGUACAAACACUAGCAGGAGGAGCAAUAUCAGGAGUGGUUAUUAUGGAAACCCCUACGCUUAUCCUGCGCCCUCUCCGUACCCUUAUCCUGCGCCCCACCCGCAUUUGCUUCCACCUCCUCCGCCGCCUGUGAACUCCUACUACGGCUCCACCGGCUACAAUGGGUACCCUUUUCUAGGUAGGGCCCUUCUCCCACCAUCUUGCCCUUACCACUGCAAUGAUUGGGGUGGGGUCCGCCUGCCACCGCCACCGCAGGGUGUGCCGGUGCCGCCCCCUCCUCCACCGCCCUACCGGCAGUCCAAGAAGGUCAAGAGUGGUGUGAAUGUGCACAAGGAUACCGCAAAGCUUGAGCUCGAUGAGCGCAAUCCGGAUCAGCAUUUGGUUUCCUUUGUUUUUGAUGCGCUCUGCGAUGGAAGCAUCACAAUUUUUUAUUUUGCGAAGGAAGAACCAAGUUGCAGUUUUGUUCCCAUAUAUCCAGAGGUGUAUGCACCUAUAAGCAUUCCUUUCCAUAAAGGACUUGGCCAGAGAUUUCAACAGCCAAUAGGGACAGGAAUUGACUUAGGCUUCUUUGCUCUGGAAGAUCUUUCUGGACCCUUGUCUGGGAAAGACGUUUUUCCACUUGUUAUAACUGCUGCAACCUACCUUCCAUCUCUUUCAACAAAUGAAUAUAGCAGCAAUACUCAACAGAACCUGUCCUUCCAUAUGCAAGCAAAUUAUGCUGUUCUGGAGAAGAAUCGUGAGGGCUAUUUCAAUGUGAAAGUGGUAAGGCAGGCAUUGUGGGUUGAUGGCGUUUGUUAUGAACUGCAUGAGAUAUAUGGAAUUGGAAACCAUACCCCUGAUUAUGACAACAAUGGCUCAAGCAAGGACUGCGUGAUUUGCAUGACUGAACCCAAAGAUACGGCUGUAUUACCAUGCCGACAUAUGUGUAUGUGCAAUGGGUGCGCCAGAACUUUGAGACUUCAGUCAAACAAAUGCCCAAUAUGCCGACAGCAUGUUGAAGAACUAUUGGAGAUCCAGAUCAAUAACCUUGAUGAUUGAGAGCCUAUUUCUUUGCAAGGUUUUAUGUAAGAUAACUGGAGGACAAUUAAGAACAGAAGGUGGAGCAAGACAUGUUUUUGUACAAAAGGUUCUUUCUUCUGUGGGCGUAAUUGCUCCUGCUUAAUGCUAUUGUUACAAAGUUACACAGUGAUGAUCAGUGUUAUUAACUAAUUGAACUUCUUGACAAAACUGAUGAAAAUGAGCUGUUUGAAAGAGAUGCCAGUGUGAACAUUUCCAGUGUUGUAAAAAUUGGACUAAGCGCUAAGCGCCCCUAUUUGUGCAACCGCAACACUCCAUUAUUUGCACCUCUCAUUGUCA